CACACCGAAGACUUCUCCAUGGCCUGGCUGACCCGGGCCGUUGGCACGAGAUAACACCCCCCAACGAAAUCGUACAAACAUGGACUUUCCGAUGCACGAUCCCGCGGCAGCGGCGGCGCUCGCGCCCUGCACCCUGAGCACGGAGGACGUGUUCGAGGGCCCUGAGAAGAAGCUCGAGGUGUACUUCCGCACCUCCGUCUCGCAGCCCUCGGGCUUCCGCCAGUACGGCGCCGAGGCCUGGUCCGAGCUCCUCAGCCUCGCCGCGUGCACCAUCCUCAACCAGCGGUCCAACGACCACUGCGACGCCUACCUGCUCUCCGAGUCGAGCCUGUUCGUCUUUGCCGACCGCGUCAUCCUGAAGACGUGCGGCACCACGACCCUCCUCCUCGUCCUGCCCCGCCUCCUCGAGAUGGCGGCCACCGCCGGCGCGGCCCUCGAGCGGCUGCAGUACGGCCACCUGCGGUACAAGUUUCCGCAGCUGCAGCUCUACCCGUCGCGCUCGCACGACGAGGAGCGCGCCUACCUGGUCGCCAUGUUUGGCGAGGGGGUGCACGCCCUCACCGUCGGCCCCGCCGACGGCUGCUGCUGGCACGUGCUCGCCGUCGAGGGGCGCGCCGCCGUCGCGGCGCCGAGGCCGCUGCCGGCGCAGCUCAACAAGUGGCAGAUGGCGCUGCCGUCCCUCGCGGGGGAGGACAUCCUCGAGGUUGCGAUGGAGGGGCUGUCGGCGGAGGUGUGCGCCCUCUUCGGCUUCGAGCGCGGCCCCGACGGCAAGGACGUCGCCGGCUGGGGCCCCCUCCCCGACGGGGCCCUCGCGCGCGCGAUGACCACGUCGUGCGGCCUGGCCGACCUGCUGCCGGGCGCGCUCAUCGACGACUGGGCCUUCGAGCCGUGCGGCUACUCGAUGAACGCGCUCGCGGGGCCGUACUACUACACCGUCCACGUCACCCCCGAGGUCGCCUUCUCCUACGCCUCCUUCGAGACCAACGACCCCCGCUUCCGCGCCGCCGACCUGGUCGAGCGCGUGGUCGGCUGCUUCUCGCCGUCCGUCGUGACGCUGACCCUGACGUCGCGCGACGGCACGCACCGGCUGCCCGCCUACUCGCGGCGCGACUUUGAGCGCACCGCCGCCUCCGCCCCGACCAUCGAGCACAAGCCUCUCGGCAACGGCGCCGCGGUGAGCUAUGCCACCUACCGCGCCGCGGAGCGCCGGGCGGGCCUGCCGCUCGUCAAGAGCUUCUGCGACGGGGCGCUCGGCCUCGCCGCGGUGCCGACGCCGACGGCGAGCCCCGAGGAGGCCUGA